AUCUCCCAGCACCUUCGUCUUCCUCAAUUUCCCCUCGUCCAAACCCUAGCGCGCUCCCCAUGGUUUCCGCAUUAUAGAUCUCCUUCUUCCUCCGUCCCCACUCGUUGGGAUACUGAUUCGUCCGCCCUAAUCAUGGCGGCCGAGUUAGGGCAACAAACGGUCGAGUUCUCUGCACUUGUUUCCCUUGUUGCCGACGACUCAUUCCUCUCCCUCAAAGACCUUGUCGACAACGCCAAAUCAUCCAAACAAUCCGACGACGAGAAGAAGCGUAACAUUCUCAAGUAUGUCUUCAAGACUCAACAGAGGAUGCUCCGCCUUUAUGCCCUUGCUAAGUGGUGCCGACAGGUUCCGUUGAUUCAAUACUGGCAGCAACUUGCAUCAACUUUGUCUAGUCAUGAUACAUGUUUUUCACAAGCUGCAGAUUCUUUAUUCUUCAUGCAUGAAGGCCUACAGCAAGCUCGUGCACCUAUUUAUGAUGUUCCAUCUGCUACUGAAAUUCUCCUUACAGGCACCUAUGAACGUCUACCAAAAUGUGUAGAAGAUAUCAGUAUUCAGGGAACACUGAAUGAAGACCAAGAAAAGAAUGCGUUAAAAAAGUUGGAGAUAUUAGUACGGGCUAAGUUACUGGAAGUGUCACUUCCAAAAGAAAUUUCUGAAGUGAAAGUCACUGAUGGUACAGCACUGCUUCGUGUAGAUGGGGAAUUUAAGGUUUUAGUUACUCUGGGCUACAGAGGACACUUAUCAUUGUGGAGGAUACUGCACUUGGAGCUGCUAGUUGGAGAGAGAAGGGGACUUGUGAAACUGGAAGAAAUGCACCGUUAUGCUCUUGGAGAUGAUUUGGAACGCAGAAUGGCUGCAGCUGAAAAUCCAUUCACUACAUUAUAUUCAAUUUUGCAUGAACUUUGCAUCUCACUUGUUAUGGACACUGUCUUAAAGCAAGUACAUUCACUUAGACAAGGAAGAUGGAGAGAUGCUAUUCGGUUUGAGGUCAUGUCUGAUGGUAUUACUGGUGGCUCCACACAAGUGAACCCAGAUGGAGAAACUGACUUAUCUGGUCUUCGAACCCCAGGGUUGAAAAUCAUGUACUGGUUGGAUUUUGAUAAAAAUACUGGUAUUUCCGACCCAGGAUCAUGUCCCUUCAUAAAAAUUGAACCAGGACCAGAUAUGCAGAUAAAGUGUAUCCACAGCACGUUUGUCAUAGAUCCGUCAACCAACAAAGAAGCAAAGUUUUCUCUGGAUCAAAGUUGCAUUGAUGUUGAAAAGUUGCUGUUGAGAGCUCUAUGUUGUAACAAAUAUACUCGGCUUCUUGAAAUUCAAAAAGAAUUGAAGAAAAGUGUUCAAAUUUGUCAAGCGGCAGAUGAUGUUGUUCUUCAACACCAUGUUGAUGAGCCUGAUGUUGACCAUAAAAAGAAGGAUAAAAUUUGUGAUCCUACUACAUAUGAGGGAGAAGAAAUAUUGCGGGUGCGUGCUUAUGGCUCAUCAUUUUUCACCCUCAGAAUAAAUACAAGGAAUGGCCGUUUUCUUCUUCAGUCCUCGCACAAUAAACUUGCACCUGCCUCACUGACAGAUUGUGAAGAAGCUUUAAAUCAAGGAAGUAUGACUGCAACUGAUGUUUUUAUAAGAUUGAGAAGCCGAAGUGUGCUGCAUUUAUUUGCAUCUAUUAGUAGGUUUUUGGGCCUUGAGGCAUAUGAAAAUGGUUUUUCUGCAGUUCGAUUGCCAAAAAACAUUUCAAAUGGUUCAGCCAUGUUGCUGAUGGGAUUUCCAGAUUGUGGGAAUUCAUACUUUUUGCUAAUGCAGCUUGACAAGGAUUUCAAGCCCCAGUUUAAAUUGCUGGAGGCAAGGUCAGAUCCUUCUGCCAAAGCCCAUGGCCUUAGUGAUCAAAGCAAUGUGGUCCGUGUGAAGAAAAUUGACAUUGAUCAGAUACAGAUACUUGAAGACGAGCUGAACUUAAGUCUGCUUGACUGGGAAAAGCUGUUGCCCUCUUUACCAAAUUCUGUCGAUAACCAAACUUCUGAAAAUGGUCAUCUUUCUGAUAUUAGUCAUGAUGGGUCUCAGCAGAUAUCUGGAUAUCCUCCAUCCAGUUUUUCAUCUCUUGUUGAUGACGUGUUUGAGUUGGAGAAGGGGCCUCCCCCUGUACCUACUUUCUCUGUUUCAAACGUGUCGCAAUCUUUCAAUUCAUCUGCAUCUCAUUAUGGUUCUCUCUCUAAUAUUCAUAAUAUAAAAGGAGUUCCUUCACCCAAGUGGGAAAUGGGUAUGCAACCAUCCCAGGGUAAUAAUGUUGCAAAACUAUCUAAUAUUACCUCGCACAGCACCGGGUCCUUGUAUUCAUCUAGCAAUUUGAAGGGUCCAGUGCCUUCCUCAUCCCUGGGUUCUAUUUCUUCUGGUUCCAGAAGGGGUGCUGCAAGACGACUUUCAAACUCAAAAUCUGAACAGGAUUUAGCUUCCCUUAGAUUCCCAAAAAAUCCUGCUGAGGUUAGUUCUUAUACUGCAUUGGACGACGAACAUACAAGUAUGCCAAAUGAUACGUCAAAGGAUGGGCUGUAUGCAAAUAGGUCAUCUCGGCUACUGUCUCCACCUCAACAUGGUGGCCCUCGAAUUUCUGGAAGUAUAAAGCCUAAUGGUUCCAGAAGUUCACCAACUGCAGCUCCAACAGGAUCUUUAAGGCCUUCUGGAUCUAGCUCGUCUGUUUCAACUCCCGUAUCCCAGAAUCAAGAUUCUUGCUCUAGUCCCGUGGAUGAAAGUGGUCUGAAAAAAGAUUGUUCUCGGAAGCGUGCUGCUUCUGUUAUGCUCAACUUAAUCCCAUCACUUAAAGGUAUUGAUGCAUAUAAUGGACUGUCUAAGAGAAGGAAGGUCUCAGUAUCAGCUAUAAUUAGUCCACCCUCAUCACAGUUGCUUAUUUCAAAAGAAAUGGUCUCCAAAACUGAAUCCUGUUAUGGUAACCUUAUCGUUGAAGCUAAUAAAGGCAGUGCACCUUCGAGUACAUAUGUCUCUGCUCUGCUUCAUGUAAUCAGGCACUGUUCAAUAUGUAUCAAACACGCGAGACUUACUAGCCAGAUGGAUGCACUGGACAUUCCAUAUGUUGAAGAAGUUGGGUUAAGAAAUGCAUCAACAAAUAUAUGGUUCCGGCUUCCGUUUACCAGAGAUGAUUCAUGGCAACAUAUAUGCUUGCGACUUGGAAGGCCUGGGACCAUGUGCUGGGAUGUGAAAAUACAUGAUCAGCACUUUAGAGAUUUGUGGGAACUUCAGAAGAAAAGCAGUACAGCCCCAUGGGGACCUGAUGUUCGAAUAGCAAAUACAUCUGACAAAGACUCGCACAUUAGUUAUGAUCCAGAAGGUGUUGUUCUCAGUUAUCAAUCAGUAAAGGCAGAUAGCAUAGAAAAGUUGGUGGCAGAUAUAAAAAGGCUCUCCAAUGCAAGAAUGUUUGCCUUUGGGAUGCGGAAACUGCUUGGGGUUAGAACAUGUGAGAAGCCAGAAGAAAGUAAUAUGACCUCUUGGGAAAUGUGUAAACAGAAGGUGGCUCGAACAGUCGAAGUGAGUGGAAAUUCAAACGGAGAUGCUAGCCAAGGAAGGUUGAGAAUUGUAGCAGAUAAUGUCCAAAGGUCAUUACAUGCAUGCCUUCAAGGAUUGAAAGAAGGAAGUGAAAUAACUGCAAUCGCAGGUUCAACAUCGUGA